GAGCGGUUAGUAGCGACUUUUUGGAAAUUGUGCGCAAAGUGGUCUGCCGAUCGAAAAGACGGGCGUCGUCCGCCAUGUUGCGUUUGAAUUGUGAUUGUUGUUGAAGACCGUUGUGACUGACGCGUUUCGAAAAUCGAACUUAAAGUGUAUUUGUUUUUGUACGUUUGGCCUGUUGAUUGAGCUGGUAUUGCGCGUCAAGAUGGCUGGUGACGGUCAGAGGUUUUGCCUAAAAUGGAACGACUUCAGAAACAGUGUAACCUCAGUGUUUGAGGAUCUCAGAAAAGAUGGAGAACUGGUUGACAUCACACUCUGCUGUGAGGGGAAGAAGGUCAAGGCACACAGAAUGAUGCUGUCUGCGUGCAGUCCAUACUUCCGUGAUCUUCUCAAGGAAAAUCCCUGUCAGCACCCAGUGUUCUUUCUGAAGGACACUACCUUCAGUGACCUGCGGGCUGUGAUUGAGUUUGUGUACAAUGGCGAGGUGAACGUCACCCAGACCCAGCUCAGCAGCUUCCUCAAGACUGCUGAGAUGCUCCAAGUCAGGGGGCUCACUGGAGAUGAGGAUAAGUCUGUGCCGGUACCGGCGUCCCCUCGCGCCCAGCCGCGGCCCGCGCCGGCGGCGGCUCCGCGGACGUUCCCCCGUCCCUCUCCGGCACCGGUGUCCCGUCCUCCGCCGGCGGCCGUCCGUCGACCGAUGGCGCCGGCCGCCCCACCGCCCCCACCGCCACCGGCACCGGCACCGGCACCGCCCAUCAACAGCUCCGCGGCGGCGGCGGCACGGACCGCGGCGCCGCCGCCCGAGUCGCCGCCCGUCUCACCGGCCACCAAGCGGCGCCGCGUCCACUCUGGCUCCGGCUCGGGCAGUAACGACGGUCUGGAGACCUCGGCGGCGGCGUCACCGGCCCCCACCACCCCGUCCGGCUCCGACACCGCCCCGCCGCCCGCCGAGGAGCCCGGAGAGCAGCUCAGGAUGAGCUACCCGCACGGCGGCCAGGUCAAGGUGGAGAAGAUCGACAUAGACAUUGCGGAUGAUGAUGAGGACGAUAUGGCGGCACUUGGACAGGUGGUGGAUUAUGAGGAGGGGUACGACUCGAACCAGUCGCUCGGCGCCGUGCCUGUCCCCGACCCCGGCCAAGUGAGCGAGAUGCUGGCGGCAGCGGGACCCUCCUCGGAUGGCGGCGCAGGCUCUAUGACAGGGUUCUAUCCGCAGCCACUGGCGGACGAGGCUCCACCGCCGGCGGGCACCGAGUGUCACAUCUGUGGAAAACGCUUCAGGUGGUCUGCCGGCCUGCGCAACCACAUGGAGCUCCACCGAGGCCUAACCUCCUGCCCUGUCUGCCAUAAAACAUUCUCAACUUGUCAUAACAUGCGCCUUCACCUGCGGCGCAAACACAUCGACACAAAAAGGCAUUGAUAAUGCAACUCUACUGAUGUCAUAAUUUGGAUAAACCCCUUCUGAUUCUGGUUCUUGCUGAAAUGUUGUUUCAUGUUUGGCCUACGCUGUUGGCCAAAUUGCUGGCUAGAAUGAAGUAUUGCGAUGUUGGCUGAUCCCGACUGAAGCGAUCCUCUUCGGUUAGAUAUGAAAACGCGUUGUGGCUAUUUUAAGAUGGUGAAAUUUUUCCUUUCACCCUGAUGUUUAUGGUACAUCGUUAGAGCCAUAACGCAAAAAAAAAAACGAAUUGACAGCAUCCACCGAAAGUAUUGCACCGAAAUUAUAAAAAAGAACUACGUUUACUUGACCCCUGAAAGUGGACAAAAAAAAAGAAGACAGAACACAGAAAGCUCAUCAUUUAGCAGGAACAGUAUCGCUCAAAGAUUUCUGCUCAUGUCGAACACUCAAGUUCUGUGCGGCCCGAAAAGUCGAUCUCGAUUGAGACCCUUUCACAAGUGUCACAACCCGAUAGCCUCGGCAGCCUAGCCCACUGUAAAUAUUGAGUUGGGUCACCUUUUUCCUUGUAGAAUGGUAGAGAACGUAGAGCGAAUGUAAGACCUGAAGUUAAUCAAUAAACGAGAAUGCUCAACAAAUGAAAAGAAGUUUGAAAGGUGUCUUGUCUGCAGUUUUUCUCUUUCACUCGUUAGUUCAUGUUUUUCUAAGGUGUUCUCUGUAAUAUAUCUUGUAGUGACUAGUUCUAUGUAGUAGCAUUCUGAUUUCUGGUUUUUGGCAAGGUAGUUGUCGAAUGGCUUUGCAGGAGCUUCCUCCCGUUCGUUCUUUUUUCGUGAUUUUAAUUAGGUGGAUGCUUUUGAAUCAACUUUGUACCUCUCUCGCAACUCAUGCGGUCUCGAGUGAAUAAAAGUCUCGUUUUGUAA